GGUCUGGUGACGUCCAUUAGGAUAUUUUCAGUGUUUAUAAGAAGCUUCUACCCUGCGGUCUUCGCUAUGUAAUUAAGACUGGCGAUACGAGCACUCUGCAAUUACACAGUAAAAUUUCUAGCCGACCGUUAAAAGUCCCCAGUAAUUUUCCUUUCGAAUCAUCCCUCGACUUCAUAACGCACUAGCUUCUCGCGUCUGACAAUAUGAUUUUCGGGAGUAGGACCGUGCACAUAGUGGUUUUGAUAGUUAGUUUCUAUGAUCUCGCAGUUGGUCUAUCAUGGAACAGUGGCUUGAAGGAAAAGUACGACGGAUACGGAGACGAUUGGAUUUUCAUACCGGAUGGAUACGGAAAGCCGCAGGUUGCUGUACUAAAACACGCGGAAUUAGAUACACGGGGCAUCUUUGACGAAUCUCAAGUUUCCUUCUUCCUCUAUAAUCGAAAUGGCCCAGAAAAUGGCACUCAAUUGUACACGAACGACACUGUCGGACUCGGCAAGUCCGCUUUCAAUCCAUCCCGAAUAACAAAAUUCAUAACUCAUGGAUGGAAAUCAAGCGCGAUGAGUGCUGGUCUCGUUCAAAUGAAAGAAGCGUAUCUAAGUUACGACGAUUUCAACGUGAUAAUGGUUGACUGGCAGCCGUUGGCUGCGAGCACGUUUUAUCUUGGGCCAAUGCGGAAUACAGAAAAGGUAGGAAAAACGGCUGCUGAAUUCAUUGAUUUCCUAAGUGCGCAAACGGGUCUGAAAACUGAAAACAUUCAUUUCCUUGGCCACUCUCUUGGAGCGCAUGUCGCCGGGAACACUGGAAGUUUGCUGACAUCCGGACGUUUGGGAAGGAUAACUGGCUUGGAUCCUGCACUGCCAGGAUUUCAUUUGCUCACCACCGACAAAACUCGAUUGGACUCCACGGAUGCGUCGUUUGUUGAUGUUAUUCAUUCCUGCGGUGGAGUGUUAGGCUACUUACAGCCUUUGGGUAAUGUAGAUUUUUAUCCCAACGGUGGAACCGCUAUUCAACCCGGCUGUUGCUGUAUACCUGAAGUCGUAGAGGCAUGCAGUCAUGGUCGGUCCUACGUAUAUUUCACGGAGAGCAUUAAUCCCAAAACGAAAUUCGUUGCAAAUAAAUGCAACACGUGGGAUCAAUUUCUGAGCGGCAAUUGCGAUCAUUCUGAUACUACCAUAAUGGGAGAAUACGUGGAUAUAUCGACUACUGGGACAUACUUUCUCAGGACAAGAGCGGAUCCACCCUAUGCCUACCAGAAGGAGAUAACUGAUAACACGGUUUAAAGUUCCAAGCGUAUUAUGAAUUAGAUCUACGUACAAGAAUUACUCGUAUUAUCUGGAAGACAUCUAAUGUAAAAUAUUUCAUUUUAAUAAAUAAUAGUUACAGUAUUAUA